GAGAGGCAGGGAGACUGCAUCUGAACAGAGGAACCUGUUUGAUCUUCCCCUGAAGGGCAAGACACACCCAUAUCUCCUCCUCAGAACAAGGCUUGGCUUUUGGAAGCCAGCCCUAGCAGGUAACCCACUGCAGCUGCUGGGGAGUGCAAAGAAGAGACCUGCAGGGAGCUGAGGGAGACAACUCCAGCCACUUCACAUACCAUUCUCAAGUUCGUCUUUGGGGGAAACCUGAGCUGAAGAGCUGCCACAGGUGGACCCGUUGCCUUGAACUGGGAACUGAAGUAGGAGAAAAUUUGAGAGAACCAUGAUGUCUCUUGGUGUCAGCAGAGGGGGUGUUAUUCCACCUAGUGAAGAAGAUCGCAAGAAGAUCAUCAGGCAGAUGAAGGUACGCACUACACUAAAAGGGGAUAAGAGCUGGAUCUACCCACAAAACUCAGGCAAUGAGGAAGAGAUGAAGAGCAGCCCAUUGCACUCACCACGUAGGUCUGACAAGAUCGACGGGGGAUCCCCAGCCUCAGCAUCUGUUACACCCCACUAUAACAGGUUGCCAAGUUCCAAGCCCACCUCCGGUUACCUCAUCAGGGGGGUGUUCACCAGGACCAUUGACAAGACUCCGCCCGAAAGCACCUGCUAUUCCAAUGGCACGCAGAAAAGUACUGCAGCUCAGGCUAAGAGUGCCAGCCUCCCCCGCUUCUCCUCCGGAUAUAAGAUGACAACUGAGGAUUACAAAAAACUGGCUCCAUUCAAUGUCAGGCAAAUAUCAGUGGAAUCAGAUGAAGAGAAACCAGCCUUUUCCCCAGAUGAACAUAAGAAGAGGACAGAGGCAGCCAACAGUGUACUGAGGCGCACAGCCAGCAGGGAGCGCUCUUAUGUCCUCUCUGCUGCCAAGAAAAGCAAUGGAAGCCCAACACAAGAAGUACCACCCUUCAUUGCCAAAAGGGUUGAGAUUGAGGAGGAAAGAGGAUGGCACAUGCAGAAUCAGACCCUUCCGACUUCAUCAAGGUUUGGUCUUGGUGGCAAAAGUGACAAAGUGGAUGAGGAGAAGCCUGUUGGGACUUCUCCAGGUGAAGCAACAACAUCCAAACCCACUCUGGCUACAGGCAGAAGUGAAGAAAGAGUUAUAAAUGUCCGCGAGCCAAUGCCUCAGAGUGAAAUAAAGUUGAGAGUCGCCUCCUCCCCAGAGAAAAGUGACAAACCAGCUAAAGAGGAGCCUGACCUGAUCUCCUGGGAUGAAUCGAUUCCAAAAGCCACCACCAUUUCCACAGGGGAAAGUUCCUGCCCUUGGCCAGUGCAGCCCCAGAAUUCAGAGGUUCAUCCACAGAGUUCACAUCUCACCCUGGGUGGAAGGCGCAGGGGCUGCCAUGAAACAAGAAAACAGAAUACAUUGUUGGACCAAAAAUCUGAAGUUCCCCUCACGGUCAUCUCCCUGGAAACAAGUAGUAAGGGGUAUCCUGAUUCCCUAGAGGUUGAUAAUGAAUUUGACCCAAUAAAGUCCAACUCAUAUCAUAUGGACAAUACAGCUGACCCCCCAUCUGAGACGCGCCACCGGUACAGGGUUCCUGAAUACCUGGAUGACACAAAUUCUGACUUUACAAGGUCCAGCCCCCAAUCUAAAGACAUCCCCGCACAUCCCACUGAUGCCAGAUUCACAGUCCCUGGAUACUUGGGUGAUACAGAAUGUGACCCUAAAAGAUCUGUCCCAUGCUAUGAGGAGAGACGUCCCACAAGAGAGAUCAGAUAUGAGAGUACCAGAGCCACAGAACACAAAGAACCUGAACGGAAUGUGACAAAGUCCAGCCCUUCUUCUGGAGACAACAACGCUGUUACCCAAGAGGUCCGAAACAAAGUCCCCAUGCACCUGGAUAAUGAAGAAUUUGAUUUCAAAAGCAGGUCCAGCUCUCAUUCUACAGAAAGCAAUGUUACUAUCAAUGACCCAAGACACAGAAUCACUGAGUGUGUGGAGGCUGGGGAAUUGGACCCUGAAAGAACUGUCCCAGGUUAUGAAGGGAGAAGCAGCCCCAGGGACACCAGAUACGAGAGUCCUAGAGCCAGAGGGCACAAUGAAUUCGACCCCAAUAUGGGAAGGCUUCGCUCAGCUUCAGGUGAGAGGAUCUCCAUGUCUGCUGCCAGCUCUCAGUACCACAGCUCGUCAGCCAUGGGACACAAGUCCAACCCCAGCACUGCAAGCAAAGGGAUCCUCUUUGUGAAGGAAUAUGUGAACAGCCGUGAGUUAUCUCCACGCUACAGCAGUGACAACCUAGUUGAUUGGUCUGACAUAGAGAGAGCAAACUACCUGCACAGCAGCACCUCCCAGAGGUCAUGUGAUGGUGUCUGCACUUACUGUGGCCAUGAGAUCCGAGACUGCCCUAAGAUAAUGAUAGACCAUCUCAAUGUUUACUGCCAUGAAUACUGCUUUAGGUGUGAGAUUUGCCAUAAGGCAAUGGGAGACCUCUUGGAUAAAAUAUUCAUUCAUCGUGACAUUGUCCACUGUGACCAGUGCUAUGAGAAGCUCUUCUAGAUCUUGAAGAACUGAAGGAGCCAACCAGUUGGAAGACUUCAGCAGUGUAUAUGGGAAUGUAUCCAGCAGUGCCUGACUGGCUAAGAUACCAAAUCUCCUGCUACCCCUUUCCUGGAGUUAUUUCCCUCUCACCAUCUCAUCACAAUGAAUGAGUUUAACAUCCACUAGUUUAUUUUGUUAACAGCACACAAGACAAGUGCUGACAUUAAGGAGACAAGGGAGUGUCCUCUGCAAAAGAGAAGUGGCCUGAUUUUUGAAAGGUGCUGAGCACCUCCAGCUACUAUUAACUUUAGUGGGAUUCGUGAGUGCUUAGCACCCUGGAAAUCAGGCAGAAGCUUCUCUCUGAAGCUAUGUUAGGAUUUUCUUUUAUCUUUCCCUUUCUUUGAUUUUUACAAUCCGAGUGCAUCUUGGUCUGCAUCUGAUUACAUCAAUCAGGCUGCCUAUAGGUACUAAAGGUGUGAAAGGCCAAGCUUAGGGUCUUGGGAGCUUACCCAAUGCAGGCUGAAUCUAGCUGUAAGAGAACUUCAUUCCCAUAUUCUGAUGAUAAAUGACAAUUGCUUUCCCCUUGCCUGCAAUGGAUUUUCUGAAGAACUUGCGGACUGACUUUGCCUCAAUUGUGUGUGAGCUUCAAUUUCCCUUCUCUUCCUACUCUCCAGUGGAUUCCUUCAGCACCACACAUGUCUGCUACAUGUUUUGGAGAGCCUGCACAUUUUUUCACCUGGUAUGCUAGUUUAACUUUGUGUGAGGUGACUCUGAUGACCUUACACAACAUGCCCAGUGAAUAUUCAACUCUACUGUCCCUCAUUACAAGGAAUAUCUCUCAUGUGAGAUCUAAAUUGACUUCCCUAUAAAUGCCUGUUGUUAUCCCACUUCUAUAAUUACUGUAAAUUAUUUACAGCACAAAUGCUGAAGCACAAAACCUAGAUUGUAACAAAUGUAUAUAACUAAAUAUAGCUCUUGAGUAAUUUUUAGCUCUCACAUUCAGCCUUCGUUAAGGCUGAGAGUUAUGCCACUGAGAUUGUUGGUCACUCUGAAUACUUAACCACCUUGCCUUAAAAUAUAGCUCCAAGUAUUCAUCACUCAUAUUAGACACCUCAAAAUUGAGGCACUCAAUCACUGCUCACUUUUGAAAAUCUUGGUGUGAAGUACCUUGGGAACCACUGGAAGAGCAGCUGGGACAAGGUAGAUGUGUUUGGGGCACUAUUUUUGUUGCAAAACUCCUGUUGCAAGGCUGGCUCUCCCACAGUCCAAGGGGAUUAUUUAAAUUCUCACAACAUGACACUCUAUUAUAGGUGCUCCUUCUGCGGACAAUACACACAGCUAAUUGUUAACUAAUUCCAUAGUUUCCUGUUUGGUGUUUGAUAUGAUCUUGCAAAGCAUUGCAGAAUAGACUUCAAUUCAUUAUAGUUUUUUUGCUUCAUCGUUGUUGGUUGCUGUGUUUCUCUGUAGCACUUGUUUAACAUCUAUGUACAAUUCUAAUAAACAUCGAGUUGUUACCUGUAA